AUGAAAAGCGAGGUUCCUCACAGAUGGAAGUUAUCCUUUGUAACUCCCAUUCUUAAGAAGCCUCCUGCCACUUCCCCAUCAAACUACCAGCGUUUGAUAAGGUGCCCCAUGAUAAACUGCUGCAUAAACUUGCGAUUGUCGGAAUCCAUCAUCGCAUCAUUUCAUGGGCCCAGGUUGGUCUCAAGUGGUGUUCCCCAGGGUGGGGUUCUCUCCCCAGUUCUUUUCAAUAUUUAUACAUAUGAGCUGCCUAGUGUCAUUUCGUCUUGUAUCGUGAAGUGUGCUGCAGCUGCGUAUGAUAUUAAAAUCUGUAAAUAG